AUGUCCGAGCUAAGAGGGGACAUCGUCGAGAAGACACGCGCUCAGCGCCGGUAUGACAGAGACGUGUUACGAACUUCUCGCCGCAUCAGUGUAUUAGACCAAAACCGCAAAAGUUAUCGGAUUGCAGAAC